AUGGAUCAUCAGUAUAUCGUGCUGUUGUCAAACCUUUUUAGUAAGCACGGGCAGGUGAAUGUUACUCUUUUUCGAGAUUUUCUGGUGUGGAAGGACAUUGAGAAGAAGCGGAGAAGUUCUGUCAGCACUUCACCAACAGCGCGUAGUCACGCCGUUCAAGUGUCUGAAGUCGUCGCCGUGCACAAGACGGACACAAGCGACAGGAGCAAGGAGGCGAAGCAUGUACAACUCAAUCCUCAUGCAUUUACAGUUUUUUACAUAAAGAGGAGCACGCAGCAUCACUGGCGGUGCGACCAGGUCACCUUUUACUGUGAUCAUCUGGGACUUUGCCAGCAAUGGAUUCAAACCAUCAAUGAUCAACUGGCAGUACAAACCAAUCGCCCCAAGAGCCUGCUGGUGUACAUCAAUCCCUACGGCGGCAAGCGUCAAGCCAAGUACAUUUAUGAUCAGAAGGUGGCGCCGCUGUUUUCCCGAGCCUGCAUCGCCACCGACGUGAUUGUUACAGAACGGGCCAAUCAUGCAAGGGAUCACUUGAAAACAGAAGCAAAUCUAGACAAAUACGAUGGAGUGGUGAGUGUAGGCGGAGACGGCAUGUUCAGUGAGAUCCUACACGGACUGGUCGCCAGGACCCAAAUUGAGCACAGCAUAGACCUCGACCAACCCGACGCCCGAUUGGUGCCGUGCUCCCUCCGCAUCGGGAUUAUCCCUGCAGGCUCUACAGAUUGUGUCUGCUUCGCCACAGUAGGAACCAACGAUCCUGUUACGUCCGCUUUGCACAUCAUUGUUGGCGACUCCCAACCCAUGGACGUGUGCUCGGUGCAUAGCGACGAUACGUUUCUGAGAUAUUCAGUAUCGUUGCUGGGUUACGGCUUCUACGCCGAUAUUCAGACCGACAGCGAGAGGCAGCGGUGGCUGGGUCCUGCUCGAUAUGACCUAUCAGGAGUAAAGAACUUUCUGAGUCACAACUAUUAUGAAGGCACCGUCUCAUUCGUUCCGGCGGAGGACGACGUAGGGAACCCCAGGGACAAGGAGCUGUGUCGGGCCGGGUGCAAUGUGUGCCAGCGCCAGACCUCAUUACAGGAGAUCCGCGAUGACGAACCGUCGCACACAGGUAAAGUUUUUGACACUUGGACGGAAAUCCGCGGAAAAUUCAUCGCCAUCAACGCCGCCAACAUGAGCUGCGCGUGUCCCCGCAGUCCGCAGGGCUUGUCGCCCUCCGCCCACCUUGCCGACGGCACCGCCGACCUCAUCCUGGUGCGCAAGUGCUCCCGCUUGGACUUCUUCAAACACCUCCUCCGCCACACCAACAAGGAAGACCAGUUUGACCACUCAUUCGUGGAAGUCCACCGUGUACGAAAGUUUCGCUUCCAGCCGCGCCAAAAUGAGACCGUGUCGCUGUCGGACCUAAGCGGGCCCCAGAAGGAUCACAUUUGCUCCAGGAACACACCGUGUCGCUACGGCAACUGCAUCUGCAGCCACUGGACGUGCGAUGGUGAGAUCCUGCCUCACGUCGCCAUCCAGGUCAGUGUCCAUUGCCAGCUGAUCAGGCUGUUCGCCCGCGGCAUCGAGGAGAAAAACCACAACCAGAGUCCUGUGUGGCUUCUGGAAGCAGACGCAUUCCAAUCUGUGGGCUGA